AAACUCCUCUUUGUUCUUCUUCUCUCUCGCAAGAGCUACAAAUAUUAUAAUAUAUGUUUUUUUUUCUCUCUUCUUGCUCUGGUUUUAAUAAUAUAUAUAUGAAUUAUAUAUAUUCUCUAAAGUUGGAAGCUUUGUAUUCUUGUGUAUGAUGGUUGUGUUGUGUGAAGUCUCAAGGGAAGCAAAGUCCUCUCUUUCACACCUUUCAGUCUCAUAACCGAGGGAAGAAGAAUCUAGGGUUUAGCACCACCAAGUUCGUCAAGGUCUGUGCUUUGGUGCUUUUUCUGUCUUUUCUUUCUCACUGGAAAAUUGGGUUGUUUUUUUCUAGAAGAGGAUAUGCUGCAACUUGCGAGGCACCCUUGGUUUGUUCUGAUUCAACGGUUGUUCUUUCUUUCGAAAAAGCAUGUCUUUUUCUCUUCCUGAGUUGGAAUUUUGAAACUUUAACUUGAAAUCCUGUUUCUGUGGCUCUUUGUCUGGUGAAAAAUGGGAUUUUUUCCACCUGGGUCAUUUUAUCUGCCUCACAAGGCUGAAUGUUGGUGGAUGUGUGGGAUGUUGCUUUUUUAGUAUUCUGGUGUAGUUGGGUUAGUUCUGCCCCUUGUUUGGGGUCUUUAGAUUUUAUUUUGCCCCUUUUUGUCUGUUUUUUGUUUUUUUUAUAGAGGCUAAUAUGGAAGAGGUUGAGCAAGCUAAUAGAGCAGCUGUUGAAAGCUGUCAUAGGGUUCUGAGUUUGUUGUCUCAACCAAGGGAUCAGGUUCAGCAUAGGAAUUUAGUGGUGGAAACUGGAGAUGCUGUGGUAAAGUUCAAGAAGGUUGUGUCCUUGCUUAAGAGUGGUUUGGGUCAUGCAAGAGUGAGGAAGGUUAAAAACCCUCAAGUUCCCUUUACCCACCAAAGUAUCUUCUUAGACAACCCAAAUUGCAAAACCAACAACCAUCACUCAAAAAAUCUGCAGCUUUUCCAACCCAGCUUUCCUGACAAUUCAAUUGUGGAACUGGGUUCAACCAUUAAACAUUCACUCUCUCUAGCACAGCCCUCUUUGGAAUUGAGCUCCAGUGGGAAAAGUGCUCUUCACCUCACUCAGCAGGCUUCAUCAACUCACUAUCACUUCUUUCAGCAACAGCAACAGCAAAGGGUGUUGCUCCAGCAGCAACAGCAGCAGCAACAACAGCAGCAACAUUUGAAGCAUCAAGCAGAAAUGAUGUUCCGAAGGAGCAAUAGUGGCAUAAACCUGAAUUUUGACAGUACUAGCUGCACACCAACAAUGUCAUCUAAUAGGUCUUUUAUUUCUUCCUUGAGCAUAGACGGAAGUGUGGCUAACUUGGAUGGAAGUGCCUUCCAUUUAAUAGGAGCUCCACACUCUUCUGAUCAGAAUUCGCAACAGCACAAGAGAAAAUGUUCUGCAAGAGGCGAUGAAGGAAGCUUGAAAUGUGGGAGUAGUUCUAGAUGUCAUUGCUCUAAGAAGAGGAAACAUAGAUUGAAAAGGUCAAUCAAGGUGCCUGCUAUCAGCAACAAACUUGCAGAUAUUCCCCCUGAUGAUUAUUCAUGGAGAAAGUAUGGCCAAAAGCCCAUCAAGGGCUCCCCUCACCCUAGGGGAUACUAUAAAUGCAGCAGCAUGAGAGGGUGUCCUGCUAGAAAGCAUGUUGAGAGGUGCUUGGAAGAGCCGACCAUGCUAAUUGUCACCUAUGAAGGCGAACAUAACCACCCUAAGUUACCAACGCAAUCUACAAAUGCAUGAACUAUGUGGAGAGCUUAACCAAGAUCAAGUCCAUCAUUCAAUUUGUCAAAACCUUUGCGUGAUUGGCUUGAGUUGCUACUGUACAUAUUUUAAGUGAUGCAAGCAGAGAUUGAUGUUGUUGCCGCA